GAUGUUUUGUUUGGUCGGUGGGAAUUACACAGUUAAUGAAACACAAGCCAGGUUUUAAGUUGGUUAAUUGUUUUCCAACAAAGUUGUUUAGGAAUGUUGUGUUCAGUACAAAAAAUUAACGAAUGAGAUUUAAAAAAAAAAAUUGUUCGUUAAUUUUUUUUUUUUGUUUUUCGCUAAACCAGUUUGCUGCGUUCGUGUGUGCUGACUGUGCUGGAGUAUUAGUGUUAAAAAGAAUACAAAAAAAACUAACUUCAUACCAAAACAACCGCAACAAGAGAAUAAACAAGCCCCAACACUCACACACAUAGACCCAAACACACCGAACAGUGGGUCGAUAGACUACGCUUAGCAGAGGGGCACAAAGCACCGAAGUCAUAUUGGUGGUGAAGUUUGAAAUAGAAAACCAAGAAGUGAAAUACAACGAAAAUAAAACAAUCACAUGUUGAAACAAAAUUAUCUACAACAAACACAUUAACGGGGGGGCCUUCACAACAGCAACGCAUACCGCUGGGAGAGAGUGAGCCACUGAGAUACGCUCUCGUAUAAUUUUGUUGUAUUUGUGUUAAGUGCAUGUUCGUUGUAGUCAACCCCAUAACAGGCCGCAAAAUUGGAAAUAUCGUUACCGAGCUCUCCGUUGGUGUUUUGUCGUAGUCUCUGUUGUCUGCGAGUAAAUUGUUUGUGCUUGGCUAUUCAAUCCAAAACGUCGUGGCAGUCAGUUGAAAUCAGCGCGGUUCGGUAACUCGGCUUGAAAUGAAUAAAUUUUAAAUAAAACAUAAAAUAACACAGAAGAGAAAAGAGACGUUUGUGCGAAUCAAAAAGUGAAAACUGUGAAUUUUCAUCAGAAACCGAAAAAAAAGUCAAAGUCAAAACUGCAAAUGGAAUAGAAAACUUCGGAAAACAACAACAAAUUCAAUAAUAUUGUAAACACCCGAGGAAGACAUAAAAAAAGUAUCUGGAAACGAGAGUAUUCAACAGCACCAGUCUCACACUCAAGAAAAAAAGAGAAACGCAAAGCAACGCAACAAGUUUUACUAUCAAACCAACAACAAAGGCCAGUCGUCAGUCAAGCAAAAGCAGCAGCAAAAACAACUCCAGCGAAGAAGAAGUGAACAAGGCGAUGAACAGUUGCCAUUGCAGCACACAGAACUUCAAACGGGAAUAGAUAGAGAAAACACAACAACAAAAAUUGAAAUCACACAUCCCAUCAACCUAAACAUAAGGCAACGCAGUAAAAACGAUCCAACACCAACCAUUCGUUGAACCAAACGCCUAAGCAAAAUUACCACACACCAAAAACACAGAACUUUGGCGAGGAGACUCCAAGAUAGACAGACCUUGAUUUGUUUUGGCAUUUUUGGUACGUUGUUGUUGUUAUUUAGUGAUCGUCUCUUUCAAUUUUCCGGUUUCUCUGGGUGAGAUUUAUUGCGUUCACCUGGAAUUUUGGAAAUAUACAAAGUACAAAAAAAAAAACACUCAAUAUUUGAAAACUAAAGUGCGCGUGCGUUUUGCUUUGAACGUAAAAUCGGAAGUUACUCGUAUCCACCACCGAAAUUGAAACAAUUUUUGAUUUUGUGCAAACUCAUCUCCAUCUGCCACACACCUUAAAACAAUUCGAAGCUUCGUGGCAAAGGAUUUUUGUGUGCCUUGGAAACAACGAAAAGUUGCAGUGAAGUUUGGAACUUGUGAUUAGAUUUUUUUCUCUCUCCUGGCCGUUCCAUCAAAACAUUCACGCUGGAUUUGGGAUACUACGAAGCUGUUAAAGGUGAGUUCAAUUGAUUUGGAAGCCAGAAGAACAAGCUAAUUACAUUCGUACAAAAGUGUUAGUUGCACCCAACAAAAAUGAAGUUCUCCACAUCACAAUAUGAACCGGGCGGUUAUUCAUUGCAAUCACAGACGAGUCGUAAUUCAGCCAACAUGACACAACGCGAUGGCAUUAUGAAAUUCGAAAAUGAAAGAAUUAAAACACUACAAGAGGAACGUCUGCAUAUACAGAAGAAGACUUUUACAAAAUGGAUGAACUCCUUUCUGGUUAAGGCAAAGCUAGAGGUCGAAGACCUUUUCACAGAUUUAGCAGAUGGUGUCAAACUGCUGAAAUUACUGGAAGUAAUAUCAGGAGAAAAGCUAGGGAAGCCAAAUAAUGGCCGCAUGCGUGUACAUAAAAUCGAAAAUGUUAACAAGAGUCUGGCAUUCUUGCACACCAAGGUUCGUUUGGAAUCCAUUGGUGCUGAAGACAUUGUUGAUGGCAAUCCCAGAUUAAUUUUAGGUUUGAUUUGGACUAUCAUUUUACGGUUUCAAAUUCAAGAAAUCGAAAUUGAUGUGGACGAAGAAAACGAAUCAUCUGAAAAACGCUCCGCCAAAGAUGCUCUACUGCUGUGGUGUCAACGUAAAACUCACGGUUAUCCCGGUGUUAAUAUUCAGGAUUUUACCUCGUCAUGGCGUUCUGGAUUGGGUUUCAAUGCUCUGAUACAUUCGCACCGUCCCGAUUUGUUUGAAUACAGCACAAUUGUUAAUUCGAAAAAUUCCAAUAUCGACAAUUUAAAUCAUGCCUUCGAUACAGCUGCCUCCGAACUCGGUAUUCCAAGUUUAUUGGAUGCCGAAGAUGUUGAUUCUGCUCGACCCGAUGAAAAAUCGAUUCUCACCUAUGUGGCCUCAUACUAUCACACCUUUGCACGCAUGAAGAAUGAACAGAAGAGUGGAAAACGUAUCGCCAAUAUUGUGGGCCAAUUGAUGGAUGCUGAUCGCAAGAAAAUCUAUUACGAACGUUUGACUACAAAUUUGCUGAGCUGGAUCAGACAAAAGACCAUUGAAUUGCAAAAACGCGACUUCCCCAACUCCCUGGAGGGUAUACAAAGGGAGUUGUUGGCUUUCAAAGAGUACCGAACGAUCGAGAAACCCCCCAAAUACAAAGAACGUAGUGAAAUCGAAGCCCUAUAUUUUACUAUCAAUACUCUACUGAAAGCUCUAAAUCAACCACCCUACAAUCCCCAAGAAGGUCAAUUGGUUAAUGACAUCGAGAAGGCUUGGCAGCUCUUGGAGUAUGCUGAACAUCACCGGGAGGUAGCACUGCGAGAAGAACUAUUGCGCCAAGAGAAAUUAGAACAGCUUAACUACAAAUUCGAAAAGAAAUCUGUUUUGCGUGAAGGUUACCUGAAAGAAAUGAUUCAGGUUCUCUCCGAUCCUCGCUAUUUGAGGCAGGUCGAUGCUACACUCAAGAAACAUGAAGCCAUAUCCGCCGAUAUUCUAGCCAGGGUUGAGCGCUUUAAUGACCUGACCGCCAUGGCCAAUGAGUUGGAAAGGGAAAAUUACCAUGGUAAGGAACGUGUGAAGAAGAGAGAAAAUGAGGUGAUGGAAAAAUGGCGUAAACUGCUGGAACUGUUGGAGAAUCAGCGAUUGAAUCUCUCUCAGAUGAGCUCUUUAAUGAACUUGCUGCGUGAAAUUAUCAGCACCACCGAGUCCAUAAAAGAACUUCAAAUACAAUUUCGCUCCGAGGAUGUUGGUCCCCAUUUAUUAGGGGUCGAAGAAUUGCUGCAAGCACACUCUUUGCAGGAACUACAGGUGAAUACUUACGGCGAAACCAUUAAGCGUUUUACUCGCCAAGCCCAGCCAUUCAAAAAUUCCGAACACAAGGAUGCUGCCGUUUUAGCCCAAAGGUUAGCCGAACUAGAACAAGCCUUCAAGAUUCUGCAAGAAUUAUGUGCCAAAAGACGUGCUUGCCUGGAAGAGGCACGCAAUUUUCAUCAUUUCAUGGAAGACUACGACAACGAAGAAGGUUGGCUUGUGGACAAGCAGCGUAUAUGCAAGACCGGCAUUACCGCCAAAGAUCUGAGAGCGGUAUUGUCUUUGCAGCAAAAGCACAAGGCUUUGGAGGAUGAAAUCAAGGUGCGCAAACCCAAAUCACAACAAAUGUCUGAUGCUGGCAAGCGACUGAUGGCAGAGAAACAUCCCCGUUCCUCUGAAGUCAAAUCGAGAAUUGAAAGUUUGGAAGCACAUUGGAAGGCCCUGGAAGAGCUGGUGGAAACGCGCCGCAGACAAUUAGAAGACGCAGCCGAAGCCUACCAAUUUUACACCGAUGCCAACGAAGCCGAGUCAUGGCUUAAUGAAAAAAUGGCCUUGGUCAAUUCGAAGGAUUAUGGAAAUGACGAACCUUCCGCCCAAGCCCUGUUGCAAAGGCAUCGCGAUUUGCAGGGAGAACUAAAUGCAUACUCCGGCGAUAUAUUGAACCUCAAUCAACAAGCCGAUAAACUUAUUAAAGCUGGCAUUUGUACUUUAGAAUUGUCGGCCAAUGAACCCGAAAUGCCGGAAAUUGAACAGCAACAAGAAGAGUGGGUCAAUGAGACUCGUUUGGUGCCCAAAGAAGUAUGGGAAGAUGAAUGGGUGGAGAAGUUGGAACAUCGCAAAGUAACCGAAACAAAAAUGUUGCCCCAUGUUCGUUCCAUGUUCCCCUUCGAAGGCCAGGGCAUGAAAAUGGAGAAGGGAGAAGUUAUGCUCCUCAAGUCCAAGACCAACGAUGAUUGGUGGUGUGUGCGCAAAGAAAAUGGCCACGAAGGUUUUGUGCCCGCCAAUUAUGUACGAGAAAUAGAACCUCGUCCGGUCACAUGCAUUAUCCCUAAGGCCGAAAAGGUCAAGGCUUUGCAGAAGGUGAAGAAGACAAUUCUGGUUAGACAGGUGGUGCCGGUUAAACGUGUCAAACCUACAACAGUCACCCCCAAACCGCUGAUAAAACGUCGCAGUUCCAUGAACAGUAUCAACGAGAAUGCCGACAGUGUGGAAAAGCGUCAGAAACGUGUCAAUGCCACCUACGACGAAUUACAGGACAUGGCCCAGAAACGCCAUGCUCUAUUGGAGGAUUCCAUACAUCUCUUUGGCUUCUAUCGUGAGUGUGAUGACUUUGAGAAAUGGAUGAAAGAAAAAGAACGUAUGAUCAAAUCCGAUGAAGGAGGCGAAGGAGUUGAAAACUCAAAACGCAAAUUUGAGAAAUUCCUUACGGACCUUUCAGCCGCCUCAAAGAGAAUCGAAGAGAUCGAUACUGCCGUUGACACCUUCCGCAGACAGGGUCAUUCCCAAUUGGAUAAAAUAAUAGCUCGCCAAAAGCAGAUCCAUCAAAUAUGGCAGCGUCUUAACAAUGCCAAGGCCCAAAAGGAAAAGAACUUGGAAGGAGCCUCCAGUGUGGAGCUUUUUAAUCGCACUUGCGAUGAAGCUAAGGUGUGGAUGAGUGAGAAGAUGAUUCAAUUGGAUACGGCGGUCAUAAGUCCGGAUCUUAAGACAGUGCAAGCCUUACAACGCCGCCAUCAGAACAUGGAGCGUGAAUUGGCGCCCAUCGAGGAUAAGGUCAAUCGUGUCAACUACUUGGGUAACUCCGUUAAAAAUUCCUAUCCAGCCGAAAGAGACAAUGUCACUGCCCGUCAACAAGAAGUGCAAGAUAUGUGGGGCCAAGUCCACAACAAGAGCAGUGAAUUACGGGCUCGCAUUGAAAGUGCUGUUGGCACACAAAUUUUCAACAACAGCGCCAAGACCCUCUUGGCUUGGAUUGAAUCCGUAAAGGAUCAAUUGAACUCCGACGAGCCAGCUCGUGAUGUUGAGACAGCCAAUAAACUUUUGAAGCAACACAACGACCUGGGCGAUGACAUAAAGGCCCACGACAACGAGUUUGCCGAGGUUAUUGCCUUGGGCAAACAAUUGUCCGAUGGCAAGCCGAAUACGCAUGAAAUCGUCAAAAUUAUAGAGCGCUUAAAGGCCGAACAGGAUGCCAUCCACCGCGGAUGGUUGGAGAAGCAAAAGUGGCUGCAGCAAGGUGUAGAACUGCAAAUCUUCAAUCGAGAAGCGGAUAAAAUUGAUGCUACUACCAAGAGCCACGAGGCCUUUUUGGCUCCCAAGAAUUUGGGUAACUCUUUGGAUGAAGUGGAGGCCAUACUGAAGCGUCAUUUAGACUUCGAAAAGAGUCUAAUGGCCCAGGACAAAAUUCUGAAAGGUUUCUCCGACAAUGCCGACAAACUGAUUGCCAACAACCACUAUGACUCCAAGUACGUUGAUGAUAGACGCAAUCAGGUCUUGGGAAAACGCAAAGGUGUGAAGGAUCGAGCUUUUGAACGUAAGCGUUCUUUGCAAGCGUCCAAGGACUUCCAUAAAUUUGCGGCCGAAGCGGAUGAUCUGGAUGUCUGGCUAAUGGAUAAGACAAAAAUUGCCGGCGAUGAAAACUACCGUGAUCUUACAAAUCUACCACGCAAGUUGCAAAAACACAAGGCAUUCGAGCGAGAGCUUCGGGCCAACGAGGGACAAUUGCGCAAUGUCAACAAGGACAGUGAACAGCUCAUAGCGGCCAACAAUCGCAAACCAGAGGUAGAGCAGAGAGUCUCCGAUCUCAAUAAGAAGUGGAAGGAUCUCUUGGCUUUGUCUGAAGAUAAGGGUCGGAAGCUUGAACAAGCCGCCUCACAGCGGGAACACAAUCGUGCCAUUGAAGAUGCCAAGAAGAAGGUUGGCGAAUUGGACGCUGCCCUUAAGAGCAAGGAUGUAGGCAAUGAUUUGCGUAGCUGCAAAGACUUGAUCAAUAAGCAGCAGUUGUUGGAAUCUGAGAUCACUAUGUGGGAGCAGAAGAUUGGCGAGCUGGUGAACUCUGGGGAAGAAAUGGCCCAUGAAGGUCACUUUAAUGCUGCCAACAUCAAGGAUGAGUCAAAGGACAUACAAAAUCGCUUCAAACUUUUGCGUGAUCCCAUGCAGAAGAGGCGCGAUGAACUGGACGAAAGUCUGAAUUAUCACAAAUUUGUAUUUGAACUGGAUACAGAAUUCCAAUGGAUCAACGAUCACUUGCCAGCUGCCAAAUCGAAUGAAUUGGGUCAAAAUCUUCACCAAGCUCAAUCCCUUUCCAAGAAACACAAGAAAUUGGAGGCUGAAAUCAAGGGACAUCGUCCAAUGAUCAAUAAGGCUUUGCAAGCUGGCCAAGCCUUGGUUGCUCAAAAACAUCCCGAACAGGAGAAGGUCAAAGAUCUAUGCAAUCAACUAGAGGAUGCCUGGAAUGAUUUGGAAUACAAUACCAAUGAGCGCAGCAAAAAAUUGGAAAUGUCCUUGAAGGCCCAACAGUACCUAUACGAUGCCGGAGAAAUAGAGGCUUGGUUAGGUGAAAAACAGAAUGCGUUGCGUUCCACCGAAUACGGACGCGAUCGUGAUUCGGCCGCCAAGCUAUUGACCAAACACAAGACCAUUGAAUUGGAAUUGGAUACCUACACUGGUAUUGUCACGGAAAUGGGUCACAACUGUGCCGCCAUGGUGGCAGCCAAUCAUCCCGAUAGCAAGAUUCUAUCUGCCAAACAACAGUUGAUUGAGAAGAUGUUAAAGUCUUUGCAUAAACUGGCAUCGCAACGUCAAUUGCGUUUGAUGGAGAGCUUGUAUAUGCACGAAUACUUCCUGGAGUCCGACGAAGUAGAACAAUGGAUCAGAGAGCAGGAACAAGUGGCCUCCUCUGAAGAUUAUGGCCAAGAUUACGAACAUCUGCAACUGCUGCAAAAUAAAUUCGAUGAUUUGAAGCAUCGCGUUGAAGUGGGUGCCGAUCGCGUCGAUCAGUGUGAGGUGCUGGCCAAAAAGCUCAUUGACACUGAAAGUCCUUAUGCCACGGAUGUAGAGAAGAGACAAGAACAAUUGAGGGCCUCCUGGGAGAAUCUACUCAAGUUGCUCAACCUACGUGAACAAAAACUGCAUGCUGCCGGAGAGAUUCACAGGUUCCACCGUGAUGUGGCCGAGGCCUUGUUCCGCAUUCAAGAUAAGAAUGCAGCCCUUUCCACCGAAUUGGGCAAGGACUUGAAUUCUGCUUUGGCUUUGAUGCGUAAACACGAAGGCUUCGAAAAUGACUUGGUCGCUUUAGAAGCACAACUGCAGGUUUUAGUCGAAGACUCGGUGCGUCUUCAAGCCAAAUACCCUUCGAAUGCUGCUGCAAUUGCACAACAGCAGGACAAGGUUGUGGCCGCCUGGAAUGAUUUGAAGGAGCGUUCGGGUGCUAGAGGCGAUCGCCUUGCUGCUAGCUACGACUUGCAAACAUUCCUCACCGAUGUGCGUGACAUCAUGUCAUGGUCCUCCCAUCUGCGGGCAGCUUUGCAGGCCGAAGAACAUGUUAGCGAUGCGGCCGGUGCCACAGCCCUUAAGAUUCAACACGAUGCCAUUUAUGGUGAAAUAGAGGCCCGCGAAGACAAAUUCCGCUCCCUUAAUGAACUAAGCGAUUCGAUGGUCCAAACAGGCCACUAUGCUGCCGCGGAGGUAGAAGAGAAAUGUUCUGCCAUGUUGGAUGAGCGCGCUAAAUUGCACACAGCUUGGAACAAGAAGAAAAUAAUGCUGGAACAGAAGAUAGAUCUCUUCUGUUUCUUGCGUGAUGCUAAACAAAUCGACAACCUGUCUAGUUCACAACAAGCGGCCCUCUCCAGUUCCGACUUUGGUCAGACGGUCGAGGAUGUGCAGAAUCAAAUCAAGAAACACGACGAAUUCGAGAGGCUUAUAAAUACCCAGGAAGAGAAGGUGGCCUUGUUGCAGGAGCAUGGGCGUAAAUUGAUUGAACAACGCCAUUAUGACAGUGCCAAUAUCCAGACUAUCUUGCAAGGCGUUCUGUCCAGGCGCCAAAAGGUUAAGGAUCUGUGUGCAGUCCGUAGAUACAAAUUGGAAGAUGCCCUGCUUUAUGCUCAGUUUGUAAGGGAUUGUGCCGAGGCUGAAACCUGGAUAAACGAAAAGAAGAAGAAACUCGAAGCCGAUGGUGGAAACUACAACGAAGUUUCCAAUCUGGAUGAAAAGAUCAAGAAACUGCAAAAACACCAGGCAUUCCAAGCUGAAGUUGCCGCUAACCAGGGUCGCAUUAAAGAAAUUCAAGAAAAGGGCCUAAUACUUCUGUCCAAGCAGCAUGAGUCGUCGCCCGAGAUCAAACAAGCCAUCGAUCGUGUAUUGUCGGCAUGGAAAAGUCUUUUGGAUGAAUUGGACAACCGUGGACGUGGUUUGGAGGAAGCUCAAGACAUUCUCGAAUUCAACAACCAAUUGGAUAAGAUCGAGGCAUGGAUCAGAGACAAAGAGAUGAUGGUGCAAGCCAGCGACACAGGCAGAGAUUUGGAACACUGCAAUGCCCUGAUGCGCAAAUUAGACGAUGUAGAUUCCGAUAUGCGAGUGGAUGAUCAACGUGUCAAACACAUCAACAGUUUGGCCGACAAGCUCAUCAAUCAAGGAGAAGUUCCCGCCGAAUCAGCCAACAUUGAUAAACGCCGACGUGGCUUCAACAACAAAUGGAGGGAGUUGCAAGGAGCAUUGAAUGCCUAUCGCGCCCUCUUAGGUGGUGCCAAUGAGAUUCAUGUUUUCAACAGAGAUGUAGAAGAUACAGCCGAACGUAUUGCUGAGAAAUCAUUGGCCAUGUCCUCCCAGGAUACCGGACGCGAUUUGGCAGCAGUCGAGGCACUGAUUAGACGAGAAGAUGCCCUCGAACGAGACAUGUCCGCAGUAAAACAAAAAAUAGCAGAGCAUGAACAAAACGCCCGUUCCCUACAAAACAAAUACCCCGAAAGAGCCAUGGAUAUUGCUUGCAAAUUGGAUGAACUUUCUGCCUCCUGGAAGCAAUUACAAGAUUUGGCUGUGAAGAGACGCAAUCUUUUGAACGAGGCUUAUUUGGUCCAUAAAUUCGUUUCCGAUGUACGUGAACUGGAGCUUUGGGUCAACGAUAUGAUUAAGAAGAUGAACGCCUCACCAACACCAAUGACCAUUAGCGAUUGCGAGAUCCAAUUGGAAUUGCAUCAAGAGCGUAAAGUUGAAAUCGAUGGCCGCGACAAGGCUUUCAAAGACCUGAAGGUUCAGGGCGAGCAAUUAUGUAGCAAAGACAAAUCGGACAAAGUGAAGAAGAAUCUUAAGGCGUUGGAAGAGCUACACCAGCAUUUGCACGAUGCCUGGAACCAGCAAGCCAGAGACUUAACCGAAGCCCAUCAACUGCAAUUAUUUAAGGCUCAGGUGGAGCAAGUCGAAAUUUGGUUGGGCAACAAGGAAGCUUUUCUCAACAAUGACGACUUGGGUGAUUCUUACACCGCCGUUGAGAGACUUCUAAAGAAACACGAAGCAUUCGAAAAACUAUUGGACUCGGACAAUGUGACCCAACUAGAGAAUUUUGCCAUGUCCAUAUUGGAGGCAGAACCAAAUGACGCUGAUGUCAUCAGGGAUAAAUUGUCCUAUGUGGUACGACGCAAGCAGAAAUUGAAUAACCUAGCCCAAGAACGCAAACAGAGGUUGCAACAAUCGUUGCAGCUGCAAGAAUUCCUACGCAGUCUCUAUGAAAUUGAUCGUUGGUUGGUCCAGAAAAUGCAAGUGGCUAUGGAUGAAAACUACAGAGAGCCCAGCAACUUGCAGAGCAAAUUGCAAAAACACAACGCCUUCGAUAGUGAGUUGCUCAAUAAUGCCUCCAGGGUACAAGACGUCAUCCGUGAAGGUGAAAGACUUAUUAAGAACGACCACUAUGCCAAGGAUGAGAUAGCUCAACAACUGGAAAUGCUUGAGGCCGAUUGGUUGAAACUGAAAUCAGCUUCAAAGGAAAAGAAACAUAAGCUCAACCAGGCCUACGAGGCCCUCACCUUCAAUCGCAGUGUCGAAGAAUUCAACAACUGGAUGGAUGAAGUGGAGUCGCAUGUAUCCAACGAGGACUAUGGCAAGGAUCUAGCAGCUGUCACCAACCUCAUCAAGAAACAUGAACGUCUAGAAGCCGAUGUGGCCCACCAUGCUGAGUUGGCCGAUCAAAUUAAGCAACAAGAUGAGAAAUUCUUCCAAGCCGAUCACUUCCUCAAGGAUGAGAUUCACGAGAGGGCUAUGGCAACCAUUAAACGCUACCACACCCUGCACGAGCCCUUGGGUAUUAGAAGAGAAAAUUUGGAAGAUUCUCUCAGCCUGCAGCAAUUCAUACGCGACGCCGAGGACGAAUUGCAAUGGUUAACUGACAAGGAAAUCAUUGCUGCCUCAGAAGAUUUAGGCAGCUCCCUGACGGCUGUACAAACAUUGCAAAAGAAACAUCAAGCUUUGGAGGCAGAGCUGCUGUCACAGGAGCCUUUGAUUCAGUCUCUGCUACAGAGAGGAGAUCAAAUGAUACGUGACAACCACUUCGCCUUGGAACAAAUCCAAUAUAAAUGUGAUCGCAUCAAGGGAAAAUUGGUCAAACUCAGAGAAUUGUGCAGCAUUAGAAGAUUGCGGCUGCUGGAUGCAGUUGAAUCGCAAAUGUUUUACGUUGAAGCUAAUGAAGCCGAGACAUGGAUACAGGAAAAGAGGCCAAUUGUAGUGUCAUCCGACUAUGGUAAGGAUGAACUCUCCGUACAGACACAUCAAAAGAAACUGGAGGUGCUUCAAAGAGAAUUGCAAUCCUUUAGGCCCUCCAUCGAAAAGGUAAACAAACUGGCAUCAAAUUUAAUCGAACGCCAUCACUUUGACAGCGCCAACAUUAAAUCGAAGCAAGAUGCCGUUAACCAGCAGUACGAAGAACUUUUGCGUCUCUCCAAGGAUCGUGAAGUGCGUCUGCAGGAAAGCAAAUUACUUUUCGAGUACUUGCGAGAAACCGAAGAUCUUCACGAAUGGAUAAACGACCAGAUGGUAGUGACUGCCUCUGAAGAUUAUGGUGAGGAUGUUGAACAUGUCGAGCAGCUGAUUUUGGUAUUCGAGACAUUCGUUUCCAAUCUCACAGCCAACGAAUCGCGAGUUCUGGCUCACCUAAAGAAGGGCGAAGAACUCAUCAAGGAAAACAAUCCCUACAGAACAUCGAUUAAAACCAAGCGCGAUGAAACAAAACAGCUGUGGGAAGAACUUAAGGAUCUUGUGGCGGCCCGCAAAGAUGCUUUAGAUGGGGCCAAACAAGUUCACGUCUAUGAUCGUGUGGCUGAUGAAACAAUCGCCUUGAUCAACGAGAAGGAGGCCAAUUUGAUUUCCGAAGAUUAUGGCCAAGAUUUGGAAAGCAUUCAAGCUUUGAACCGCAAACACUUGGUGUUUGAGACGGAACUGGAAGCCAUACGCGAUCAAGUGAACUCUGUAAUGAAUGAAGCCAACAAUUUGGCAGAGAUUUACCCCGACGCCAAGGAACAUAUUGAAGUCAAGCGAGAUGAGACCAUUGAAGCCUGGGCUGAUGUUACAGAGAAAUCGAACGUGCGCAAAGAGAAACUCCAACAAGCCGAACAAUUGCAAUCUUACUUCGAUGAAUACCGCGAUUUGAUUGCCUGGAUUAAUGAAAUGUUGGCAAAGAUCACAGCACCCGAUUUGGCCAAUACUGUCGCUGGGGCUGAAUCAUUGUUGGCCAGUGUCAAAGAACAUCACGCGGAAAUCAGAGCUCGAGAUGAGGCCUUUGCCAAUUUCAAGACCAAGGGUGAAAAACUUAUCAAGGAAAAACACUUCCUGGCCCACGAAAUCGAAGAAAAAAUACAAGUGCUCAAGCAAAGACAUGAUCUCUUGGAACUGACUCUACAGCAACGCAAGGAAAUAUACGAAUUGAAUUUGGACACACAGAUUUUCUUGAAGGAUGCCGAUAUUUUGGAAAAUUGGAUUGUAAGCAGAGAACCACUGCUCAAGGACACCAAACUGGGCGAAUCUAUACCACAGGUGGAGGAUUUGCUAAGACGCCACUCGGACUUUGAAAAAACUGUGGAGGCCCAAGAGGAGAAAUUCCAGGCCAUCAAACGCAUUACACUGUUGGAACAACGUUUCCGCAAACAAGUUGAGAGCGAGAAGUUAGCCAAACUUAAGGAAAAGGAGCGCUUGGAAAAGGAACGUUUGGAAAUGUUGAAACAAAAGGAACUGCAACGCCUCAACGAGGAAAGAAGGCGUACCGAGAAACAAAUGGAACACAGAAACCAAACCAACAAUCAGGAAAAAUUACCGAUAUUCUCCAAUCCUAUGGUUAUCACCACAUCCAGCUCUGCCACAAAUUCACCACAAAAUACGCAAAUGCCUGUGCGGCCAUCAUACGAAGAUGAUCAAUACGGCCUACAGAAGAGCUCCUCGUCCACCAUCUUUGGCGAUCGCUUAAGACGUGGCUCUGAUCAGAAUGUCAAGAGAGCUGAGUCAAUGAAAGUUCAGCCGAAACAACCAAAACGUACGCCCUCGUUCACCACACGUCGCCGCGCCCAGUCGUUCCGCAAGAAUCAAAAGGGAGAAGGCUUCGAUUUGCCGCCCGUCGAAAUACAAGGUAUACUAGAACGUAAACAUGGCCUUCAAUCGGGCGGCAAAAAGGCCCCCGUACGCUCCUGGAAACAAUUCCACACUGUGCUAUGUGGCCAAUUGUUGUGUUUCUUCAAGGAUGAAAACGAUUUCUUGCAACAAAAAACCGCCAAUGCUCCGGUCAACAUUUUGGGUGCCAAAUGCGAACGCGCGGAGGACUAUACGAAAAAGAAAUAUGUCUUCCGUUUAAAAUUGCCCGAUGGUUCGGAAUUCUUGUUUGAAGCACCUUCCCUGGAUAUUAUGAACGAUUGGGUUCGUAAGAUUUCCUUCCACGCUAGUCUACCGCCAAAUCUACAAUUGUUAAGUUACGAUGAUUCCAUGAAGCAACAAUCAAAUAGCUUCCCUGAUAUUAAAGUAGCCAGUGGUCAAACUGUUGAAUCCCCCGUCAGCUCACGCACUUCCUCACCCGAUUCCCAAAGGCGAACCGCCUCACGCACCAAUUCCGUAACCAGCAGUAAUAUGUCCGUUAACUCCACUACACCUCAAAUGAACUUUUUGCAAAAGCAAAUGCAACAGCAGCAACAGCAACCCCCAUCGCCUUCUUCGCCAACAUCCUCCAUUGGAUUUGAACACAAGCCACCCAUACCACCCAGAGGUGCCCCGCCACCGGUUCCCAACCGUCAAAGUACCGAGAAUAUCGUAGUCAUGCGAAAUUCCUCUACAAUCAGUACAGAAUAUGGGUCCGAGGUCAUGAUGGGAGGUAGUAUGACACGUUUACAAAACGGUUCCAAUGAUGAUGGUGUGGUACUUUUAAAACGCCAUAGUGAGGUUAGACUAUCAGAAAAUCCUCCACCUUUGCCAACCACAAUGCCGCCAUCAGCUGCUGCUGGUCAGCAACAACAGCAUCACCAACAUCAGGCCCAAGUACAACAGCGCAUCAAUGCAUUUAAUGCUGCCGCAGCUUCUGGCCAUUUACCCGAUCAACAACCAGGAGCAGGAAGCUACAAUGUGAGAAUGCAGCAGCAGCAUAAAGUAAUUGCGGCUCCUCGCGGUAGUGUGGGUUCAGGACGUUCCGAUCUAGUGAGCAAAUUUAUAGAAAUGGAAACUGCAACCGGUCUACAGCAAAUGCAACAAUCAGCCACGCUACCCACCCAUACAAAACGCACUGUACACACGACCAUAUCCACCAGUUCCAAUUCAAGUAUGGGCAGUGGAAGUAGUCCCAAUGCGAAUAAUGUUAUUCUUAUAACCGGAAGUGGAGGCAUCAGCAGCAACAACAACAACAAUGGACCUUUUUAUAAAAACUCCAAACUAAGUCGUUCACAAAUGCGUACAAGUCUUCAAAGUUGGGGUACAAGUCGCUUUGAGCCGAGCCGACCCGUAUCAUUACAGCCCGAUUCAAUAAAUUUGUCACGUGUCUCCGCCGAAAGCUCAAGUGAGAGUGAGGCUCAAUCGAUUUCCUCCGUUUCCGGUGUAAAAGGCAGCAGCAAAAGCAAAGAAGAAAGGCGUAGUGGCAUGUUCAGGAUAUUCGGCCGAAAAGGCGGUGACAAAGAAAAGGAGAAGGACAAACGUCGAUCAAGUCAACUGCCGCAAUAAGCAACGACAGCAAUGAGAUUGUGCGUGCAUUUCAGCUAGCUACGCUUAACAUAUGGAGAAUGGGCGUUAGGCCAGUCAGUCCAAAGGUUGAAGGUUUCAGCAAGCAACCCAUACCCGUAUGCAAACAAAGGCAUUGAGUACACAUCAUGUAUUGUUUAUUAUUACUUAUUAAUAUUUUGAUAUACAUAAUUAUAAUAUUAAAACACAUUUUUAUAGCAUAUAAUAGUUAAGUGCAACAUUUUCUAAAUAUUUUGAAAGCAAAACAUAUUUUGAAUUUUUAUAUUUAUUUUUUCUCCCCUCCUUGUUUUUUUCUAAAUAAUAAUAUUCUCUUCUGCAGUACUUUUGGUAAUAGUGUAAAAAUAAAUAUGAAUAUUUUUAUAAUUCUUAAUAUGCGUUUCAGUAUCCAUCUUUUUUAUAUUUACAAUUUGUUAUUUGAUGUUUGAUAAAAAAAACAAAAACGCGAAAAAACGAUAAAAAUAAAUCAUAAUUUAAGUCAACUGUUAUUGUUCUCUUUUUUUUAAGGGAGAACAAAAACAAAUAAUUACAUAAAGUUUUGUGUAGACCACUUCUCUUUAUACAAAUCUAAAAACAAACACACACACACACACAUGUAUUUAUAUAAAUUAAGUUUAAAACAUUUUUUAUCUAAACUAUUGCGAAAAAGGAAAUCAAGUUUUCGUCUUGUUUCAAAAUUUAUUGCAUUUUGUACACAUUGUUUAUGUUAAUUAAUCUAUGCGGAAAUCGUAUUUACCUACCUACCUACUUACACAUUAUACAUAUGCCUGAAAACAUAUACAUAUAUUAUGGAAAAACCCUUAAGUCUCUUAUAAUAAAUGUUUAUUAUUUAUGUUUAUAUUACAAUUACAUAUAAAUAAUAAUAAACAAAAAAAUAUGUAUUGUGAAAAUAA